UCCGCGCACCAAUCCCUUCCUGGGUUUAAAUUUCGUGUUUAAUUUGUCGCAAAAAAUCCGUGUUUUAAUCGUGUUAAUUCGUGUGUAAAUUUCCAAUGUUCCAUCGCCUCGCGGUUCCGCAACAGUAGCGCGUUUCCGAAAAUGCAUUCCCACCAGCAGCGCCACCAUAACUACACCGAAAUCUACGAGCUGCUGCGGAAGUUGUGCAAAAAUCUUGCUGGCGAUCGAUAUGGAUCGGUACUGAAAGGCGUUACCCAGUUGGUUGCCAACACACCGAAUUCCGUUGUGGCCGGAUCCGGCGGAAGUGAUGAGAGCUCGAUCGUCGUCCGCAUCGGUCAACAUCUGCGGGGCAAGGGUCAGAGCGAGUAUGCCCUGUUUCAGGCGCUGCACGAGCAGAUGAGCGCUUACACUGACAGCAAACGACGAGGUCAGAUAUUGGAAUUUCUGUUGCUGUUGGCGGAUAGCGACGGUGGAGCAUCACAGGGAUUGAAUGGACAGCAUCUGCUGAAUUUGAAUGCUGAACUGCGAAGCGAUAGUAGUUUACCAACGACGGAGGCCAGUUCCCGAUCGUCCGGGGCGGAUUCCGGUGGAGGGUUGGAGAACAUCUUUUCAAGGAUAGAGCUUAGGACGCGAUCGACGGAUAGCGUUAGCACCGGGAUGAGAAUCAUUCCGUUCAAGCUAGGAUCGGUGGUGCCGGAUGGGAGGAGUUCAACUACAUCCGGAGAACUUUCAGAAGAGGAAGGAUUGGCUGCUUCCAAUAAUUUGCAGGAUCAGUUGAUUCAGGAUGUGAUUUAUGCUUGUACUGGCAUUCAGGGGAAGUAUCUGCGGAAGCACGUCGUGACGGGGGAGUUCAAACUGGAUCACAUCAAAGGGAGGACGUUGAGCAUAGGUGAUGCGGGGAUGAUCUUGCAGUUGGCUGAAGUUGGUCACUUCCAUGAUCGCGUAGCGAAGUUUACCGAUCCGAAGAGCGAUUGCUACAUGAAGGGAAACUUCGGGCAGGGGUACAUAGCUGCGUUGCAACGGGAGCUUACUCAGUACUAUGGGAUGCUGGCGAUGCUGCAGGAAGAUCUGAACCGACAGCAAAAGGAGCGCACCGGGAUGACCGGAGGGGAUCGUCUAACGCUGAAGAAGCUUCGCCUGUGGUUGGCCAGUCCCAUAGAACGUCUUCAGUGGUUGGCCUUGAUUUCCGAAUCGUGUAAGGAACUAAAAGGAGGUGCUCUGGCUACCAUCGUCUACGACUACACUGCGAACGGUCAUGCGGAGAAUCGAAAACUUGCCAUGGAACUACUGCGAUCGGCAUGCAUUCCUUUGCAACACGGUUUGAUCCGUUGGUUGGUGAAUGGGGAAAUCGUCGAUCCGAACGGGGAAUUUUUCAUAGAGGAAAUCUCCGAAGUAGGAUUCGAUCAGCUGUGGCACCAAAAGUACCGAAUCCGAAAGAGCAUGCUGCCCAGCUUUGUUGACGAUGGGAUAGCCAAACGAAUCCUGGUCAUUGGAAAGAGUAUCAACUUUCUGCGGGAGGUUUGCCAGGACAAAACUUCAGUGAAGGCCAGAAAUGACUUGAAGCAGUGCCUGGAAAACGAUAUGGAUUCCAUUUUCUCUCCAAUCAGCACUACCAAGCUGCAUCAACUGAUCGAUAACGCCUACCUGAACACUUCCAAGCAGGUUCUAGACAUUGUCCUGGGACCACAUCGUCUCCUGGAUCAUCUGCAAGCAUUGAGGAGCUAUCUGCUCCUAGGCCAGGGCAACUUUGCCGACAUCUUGAUGGAAAAUCUCCAAGCAGAACUGGAUCGCCCGGCUAGUGAAAUCUACCAGCAUGAUCUGUUCUCCAUCCUGGCCGCUGCCGUGCGGAACUCCUUCUCCGAACAAGAAGAACCCGAAGUGCUGAACUAUUUGGACGUUCACUUCCUCACGCACUACGAAGGCGAAUCCGGGUGGGACGUGUUUGGUUUGACCUACAAAGUAUCCGGCCCGCUCUCCACAAUCCUCGAACCGUCUCUUUGCCGGUAUCAGACCUUCUUUAAGCACCUCUGGAACAUGAAGCACGUUCAGUUCAUCCUAUCGCGCACCUGGAAACGUCAAACGCUGGCCGUCAAAUCGCUGAACUCGCUCCAGAAGCUGAUCGGUCCGAUUGUUACCCGUGUUCAGCUGAUCACCUCCCAGAUGAUCAACUUUGUCGGUCAGAUGCAAUUGUACAUUCUUUUUGAGGUGAUCGAGUGCUCGUGGGUGCAGUUUCUGCCGAAGGUUAACCAAGCCAUGGCACUGGAUGACAUCCUGGAGGCACACCAUCAGUUUCUGGAGGAGAUCCGGCUCGGAAUUUUCCUGGACGACAGCUCACAGCAGAUCACCAAUACCCUGGAGCACAUCUUCGAUACGGUGCGGAAACUGGAGGAAUGGCAGGAGCGGUUCUACCGGCUGUGCUUCACGGAGUACGAAGCGAGGAAGGCCUAUCAGGACCAAAUCAAGCACACCGAACGCACCGGUGACUACGGCGUCACAACGGAGCAGAUGCUCGAACGGGACGAGCAGGCCAAAACUUUCGAACAACACCUGGCCACGCAUCAGACCCUGCUGCAGGACAUUGGUAAUGAGUACGAGAAUCUGGUUGGCCAGUUCCUGUACCAGUUGGCCAUUUCGACGAGCGAAACGCUCCGGCAGUUGGGCAUGCGGCUGGACUACAACGAGUACUACAAACACCGGGACCGACGGUUGAACGUUCCGCUAACGUUCCAGCACAUACGCAUGAGCAUGGCGGCGAACAGUUUUCGCAGCAGGAAGUCCACCUCCAGCUCGAUGAUGUAUUGACAGGGGCAGCAUCAGCACCGGCAGCAAAGGGAGGAGGACGAGUGUCGGCUAGAAAAGACAACCUGGAGAAACUCACUCGUUCUGAAUACUCGUACGCUAAGCUACUACAAUUGUUGUGAUUUAAUGUGAGACGAGCAAGAGAAAAGUUUUAAUCGAGUGCCAAUGCGCUUGCGAAGCAUCAAGCAAUAGAUGAUUAAUUAUACGGUAGGUAAUUCAAUUUCAUUCGUUUAGGGGAGGCUCACGCGACCGGAGCUUGCUCGUUUAUCGGUACAUCUUUAAUGCCCAAAUCCAUCAUAUCUAA